AUGGAUAAUGAAAAAAAAAAAAGCUCGACUCAAAGUAGUCGCUCCUUCGAACCUCCUCUAAUAAUCAAACCUCCAAAAAAACCGAACCAAGAAUUCAAGCGACGCAAACUACUCGGCGAGGGUGGGUUUGGAAAAUGUUAUGAAGUAGAGGAUAAAGAAGGAAGAGUACUUGCCGCAAAAGUCGUUGCCAAAUCAUCGUUACGGAGUUCAAAAAAUAGAGAUAAGACUUUAGCUUACAUGAACAAAAGAAGACAAAGGUUGACCGAAGCUGAAGUUCGUUAUUUUAUGCGUCAACUUCUUGAUGCAUGCGAAUAUAUGCAUCGGCAUUUUGUCAUUCAUCGUGAUCUCAAGUUAGCGAAUCUCUUCUUAUCUAAAGAUAUGAAAAUCAAAAUCGGUGAUUUUGGUUUAGCGGCCCAAUUGGAACGCGAGGGUGACAGGAAAAAAACGAUAUGCGGUACUCCAAAUUAUAUCGCACCGGAAGUAUUAUUCGACCAAGUAAAGGGUCAUAGUUUUGAAGCUGAUGUGUGGUCUUUGGGCGUUAUAAUGUAUACUUUAUUGUUUGGUAGGCCACCUUUCCAAACGGAAGGAAAGGUUGAUCAAAUAUACAAGAAAAUCAAGGAAUUGAAAUAUGAUUUCCCAGGAAAUAUUAACGACGUGUCCAAAGAAGCAAAAGCAUUAAUUAAUUUAAUGCUGACAUUGGAUCCUGAAAAACGACCAACAAUUCAACAAGUUCGGGAUCAUGACUUCUUUCGUCUAGGAGUUACUCCAUCUGAAAUACCUGUAUCUGCAUUGAAUAUCGCGCCGAGUUUCGAGCUUCCUCCACUUACAAGGCCUCGCAUUAAUUUGUCCCUUGCCAAUAGACGACCACUAAGAGUCAUUCAAAUUGGCACGAAUCUGAAUAAUUUGAAUUCUACCUCUGCUUAUACCGCCAAGAAAUCUAUUUAUCCCAUUGAUGUAAAACCUUUGCCAUCAAAAUCGGAGAAAAAGUUGAUUAAUCGUGUAACCUCAAAGCCCGAACCAAGUUCCACACAAGCCCCUCUUAUUCCAGCUUCCGCGAUAAAUUCUGAACGUGCACAAGACAUUGCAAAUUCGAUUGCAAAUGCUAUUGUCCCUAAUGAUUAUAAUGCGAGUUCUACAAGUAGCACGUGCAUUACCAAAAAAGAAUUUUCAAAUAAAACAAGGGUUGGCGUUCUUGAAUCAGUAUAUAAUACCCUAUCUACAGCAUUUGAUCAAAUGUUAGAAGGAAAGGAAGUGUUACCGCACGUUUUCGAUGAUAAACAACCUACAACACCAAUUGUGUUUAUUAGUAAAUGGAUGGAUUAUACUAAUAAAUAUGGACUUGGAUAUCAGUUGACAGAUGGUUCUGUUGGUGUGAAUUUUAAUGAUAAAACUACAUUGAUAAUGUCUCCAAACGGACACAAUUGCGAAUACAUUUAUAACAAUAAAACAUCAGCAAAUUGUAUAGUGCCAACGCGUGAACCCUUCACAAUAAAUGAUUACCCGAAAGAUUUGAGUAAAAAGUUUUUUCUAUUACAGAAUUUCCGCAAUUAUAUGAAUGAAGUUCUUCCAAAAAUAAGCACUACUUAUACUUUUGUUGAUAACAAUCUAACUCAUAAUAUGGAAUUCUUGACAAAAUAUAAACGAACGCCUCAUGCUGUUCUAUUUAGGCUAAGCAACCGUCUAGUGCAGGUAAACUUCUUUGAUCAUGAGAAGAUCAUACUUUCAGAAGAAGGGCGGGCAAUAACAUAUAUUGACGAAGCACGUGGAAUUAACACAUAUACGAUUUCUGAGAUAUUGAAAGGUGAUCAUGCAACAGAAAAAAAUCGGCUGAAAUACGUAAAAGACGUUUUAAAAAAACUUGUAGAAGCAGCUCAUAAAAAUAGUAAAACUGAGAGUAAUAAAAUUUAG